AGGAUAUGAAUACGAAUAUUCGGUUCAUCACUAAUAUGAAUACUAGCCAUCUACUGAAUGAUUCAAGAACAAUAAAUUUCUGUCAAUUAUAUUAAUCUUAGGUUAAAAUAAAUUUAACUAAAACACACGUGUUUGCUUACAAAAUGGGACGAAAAGCAAAAUUUGAUGAAGAAACUAUUGUACAAAAACGUGGACCUGGUAGAAAAACUAAAAAACAAAAAGAUCCAACAUUUGAUAAAAAAUUAACUGAAUCUAAAGAUGAUAUAAAAAAGAAAUUAGGCCAUAGACAGAAACAACGUGCCAAGAAACGACUAAAGAAAAUUGAAUUAAAGAAUGAAGCUAAGAAACUUAAGCUUGAAAACCAGAAGAAAGAGGUUGUAAAAACUGAAUCCGAACAGAACGAUAGUGAUGAAAAUGAUGAAGUUGAAAAUGAAAAAGUAAUCAAAAUAAACGGUAAAUUAAAACAAACCAAGAAAAUUAAAUUGAAAAAUGAAACUAAAAAGCUUAAAGUAAAAAAACAACAGAAAGAACAGAAUGAAUUAGAGCAAGGGGGUAGUGAUGAAGAUGUUGACGAUUCCGUAGAAGAAGAACAAAUCGUACCAAAUCUUAAAAAGAAAGAAGCGAAGAAAAAAAACGUUAAAAUCGAAGCGAAAAAACGCAAACUUGAAAAGCAAAAGAAAAAAGAUAGCGAUAAGGAAUCUGAUCAAGAAGAAAUUGUAACAAAUCAUAAACAGAAACAAACGAAAAAAAGCAAAUUAAAAAAUGAAGCCAAAAAGCGCAAACUUGAAAAACAAAUUGAAUCAGAAGAAGAAAAUAGUGAUGAAGAUGAGGAAGAAGAAGCUGAAAGCGAAGAAGAAAGUCCCAAAAAGAAAAAGGCAAAAGGUUAUACAGAUGAAAACAGUAGUUGGCUACAACUUAAAAAGAAAUCAGCUGUAAAAAUAGGUACACUUGAUGAACUCGAAGACGAUGAAAAUGAUAGCGCUGUUGAGGACGAUGAUUACAACACAACAGAAAAUUCAGAUGAAUCCGAAGAUAGUGAUUCAGAUGAAUUACCAAUUGAAAAAGCAAAUAAACAAUUGAAAGCUAAAAAAAUGGAAGAUGAUAAACUAGCCGAAGAAGAAUUAAAAUCUGCCGUUGACAAUCAAGCCGACUUUGUGUUCCCUGAUGAAAAUGACGACCAUGUUGUUGAUUUACAAGAAAUUCAACAAAGAAUUCGAGAUGUUAUAAUGGUAUUAUCAGAUUUUAAACGACUACGAGAUCCAAAUCGACCCAGAUCUGAUUACAUUAGUUUGUUAACAAAAGAUCUGUGUGCAUAUUACAGUUAUAAUGAAUUUUUAAUUGAACGAUUUUUGCAACUCUUUACUUUAUCCGAAUUACUUGAAUUUCUUGAAGCUAGCGAAGUACAACGACCACUUACAAUUCGCACAAAUAGUUUAAAAACUCGUCGGCGUGAUUUGGCACAAGCUUUAAUUAAUCGAGGUGUUAAUUUGGAUCCAAUUGGUAAAUGGACUAAAGUUGGUUUAGUUGUAUAUUCGUCAACCGUACCCAUUGGUGCAACUCCCGAAUAUUUAGCAGGUCAUUACAUAUUACAAGGGGCAUCAAGUUUAUUACCUGUAAUGGCGUUAGCACCCCAAGAAAAUGAAAAAAUAUUGGAUAUGUGUGCGGCUCCAGGUGGAAAAGCGUCUCAUAUAGCAUCAUUAAUGAAAAAUACUGGAAUAUUGAUAGCAAAUGACGUAAAUAAAGAAAGAUUACAUUCCGUUGUAGGUAAUUUUCAUCGUUUAGGAAUAACAAAUUCUGUAAUUUGUUCAUUGGAUGGUCGUAAAUUUCCUACGGUGACAAAAGGUUUCGAUCGUGUUUUGUUAGAUGCUCCAUGCACCGGUACCGGUGUCAUAGCGAAAGAUCCUAGUGUAAAAACCAACAAAGAUGAAACCGAUAUUAAACGAUGUUUUAAUUUACAAAGAGAACUUUUAUUAGCUGCUAUCGAUUGUACAAACGCAAAAUCAGCAAACGGAGGUUAUAUUGUAUAUUCGACAUGUUCUGUUUUACCAGAAGAAAAUGAAUGGGUUGUUGAUUAUGCGUUGCGAAAACGGAAUGUUAAAUUAGUACCAACUGGGUUAGAAUUUGGAACUGAAGGUUUUGUUAAUUACCGGCAACAUCGAUAUCAUCCAACAAUGAAUUUAACGCGGCGGUAUUAUCCACAUACACAUAAUAUGGAUGGAUUUUUUGUUGCUAAACUUAAGAAAUUCUCAAAUACUUUGCCGAAAAAACAAAAUGAUGAGGUGGAAGAAGAGGAGGAAAUUGAAAGUGGUGUAGAAACAGAUAAUGCGGUUAAUCAAUAAAUAUUUUUUAUUAAGCGUUGUUAAAGAAAUAAAUUUUUGGGGGGAUAUGUAGAUUGUUUAUAUCUAUGUAUGCAUUUAUUGACUUUUUUAAAGAACUUUCGUUUUGUUGUUUAUUAUCGACAUUUUUCUAGAUACAUGACCAAUUUUCUUUAAAAUGUUAAUAUAUUUUCUAAAACGACAAUUCAAAUACAAUUAUUCCCGAAUAUGACCAAAAUAUGUCUCCGAAAGAGUUCAAUUUAAAAAAAAAAAAAUAGCAGUAAAUCAUUUUUGCAAUGUCUAAAAUAGUAGGUAAAAUUUGGAAGAAUUUCAAACGAGAGCUGUGUUGGGCAUGUUUGUGAAACUUGAAUUCAUUCAAUAACGUCGUAUAUUAUUGAAAAUAUUAAUUAUAUA